UUUGUUUCCGGAUGUUACCGGGAGGAAGAAUGGCCGCGAUGUUUACGUGUUGUCUCGGCUGCUGCGGGGAUGGCGGAUCGGGGCACAUUCCCCUCAAAGAAAUGCCCAUUGUGCAGUUAGACACCCACCACAUGGGCACAGAUGUUGUCAUAGUGAAGAGCGGCCGGAGGAUAUGUGGCACUGGAGGCUGUCUGGCCAACGCUCCUCUGCACCAGAACAAAAGCUAUUUUGAGUUUAAGAUCCAGUCCACUGGUGUGUGGGGGCUCGGUGUGGCUACACAGAAGGUGAAUCUUAAUCAAGUGCCUAUGGGCAGAGACACAAACAGCCUGGUCCUGAGGCACGAUGGGUCUGUGUACCACAAUAAUGAAGAGAAGAAUCGCCUGCCCGCCAACAGCCUCCCUCAGGAGGGUGACAUCGUGGGCAUCACGUACGACCAUGUGGAGCUGAAUUUAUAUCUGAAUGGAAAGAACAUGCACUGCCCCGCCUCAGGGAUCCGGGGCACUGUUUACCCCGUUGUUUAUGUGGAUGACAGUGCCAUCUUAGACUGCCAGUUUAGUGAUUUCUAUCACACCGCUCCACACGGAUUUGAGAAGAUCCUCUUCGAGCAACAAAUCUUCUAAAGGAGCACUUCGGCCUCAGCCCCUCUGCGUCGUCUCCCUCCCCGAUAUCUCAUAGCGACCUCUGUGACACUUCCGUUUGAUCUUGAUUGAAUACCUUUUGCUUUGCCCCCUCCUGAUUACUCUCUACUGAUUGUCUGGAUCGACGUUGGAGUACGUUGGAGUCGGGAUGUCUGAUUAAUGGUCGGCGAUGACGAUGCUGAUGGUUGACUGUCUAAAGCAUUACAUUGUGUCGGUGGUAAUCCCCCUCGUAUUAGCUGAGACGCUUUCUAUUGCUGCUUACAUUCUCAGUCUGUGUGUAGACGCCAGAUAAUGGAUGUAAUGGUAAACGGUUCCCUCAUUUCUUUCAGGAUCAGAAGCCAUGUUUCAUUGACAUUGCUAUAUACAUUUGUUUUUGAUUAUUCUCUCCCAAAUGCCAUACUGACAUGACAUCUAAGCAUACACCCUAUAUUUAUUUGUAUUUAUGUGAGUCACAGACCAAAGUGAUAUGUCGUUCAGCUGGCGUUACUGAAACGUCGGUCGACAAUAUCCCGUUCACUUGUAUGUUGCCUUUCUUUGAUUUAGAAAUUGGCUUUAAAGUGGGGAUAUUGCAACACUUCUUAAAUUCAUGUCACUGUUAUCAUUUUAAAUUCUAGCAGUAGUCCAGGGGAUAGACAGGUUGAGUGUUCACUGAGGUGAUGGCGCUUAAAAAUGUUAUACAAAGUGAAAGCAUUUCUUGUUAAAUGGCCCACAUUAAUAUGUAUUGUCUUGAUUUCUAAAUGACUUCUAUGAACAGCCAUUUUAGAUUAACCCACUCUUCUCUCCCCUGAUGUAUUUUGUCCUAAAUAUCCAAAUGUCACCAGAGCCGGUGCUGGCUGUCUCUGACAGGAUAUUUGUUGUUGUUGUAUGGACAUGACAUAUCUGCUGUUGGAAGUGUGGCACUUAAAUAUUCCAAACAUGCUUAUCUUUAUUUGCACUAAUGCUGGUUGUUGUACAAGCAAAUUCAAAUACUGUUAAGUAAUUAAACGUGUGUGUGUGUUUGGAGGCAAA